CGUGAGAUUCCGAUCUGACCGUCCAUGGCGGCCAAACAACGUCACCAGCGGCUACGGCAGUGCCCCAUUUUAGUUGCUUUCUCGCCGCACGCCUUCGCCGUCGCGGCGUUUCACAGACACAGCAAACGCUGCUCCAAGCAGCGGCUUCACCACCGACCGGCAGCAAUGGCGAGGACGACCAACGGGUGGGCACGAGGGUUGCUGGCGUUCGCGGCGGUGGCAGUCGCGGUGUCAGCGGGGCGGCGGUACAGUUGGGACGUGGAGGCGGCGGUCGCGGUGUUCAGGCGCGGGAGGGGCGCGCUGGGGCCCUGGGCGGCACCCGCUUACGUCGCGGCCCACGCGCUCACGCUCGCGCUAUGCCCACCCUACGCCAUCUUCUUCGAGGGCGCCGCUGCGCUCUUCUUCGGGUUCCUCCCUGGCGUUGUUUGCGUCUUCUGCGCCAAAAUCCUUGGCGCGUCGCUCUCCUUCUGGAUCGGCAGGGCAAUUUUCAAAUAUUUUACUUCAGCAAUGGAAUGGUUACAAAGAAAUAAGUACUUCCAUGUUGUGGUUAAAGGUGUUGAGAAGGAUGGCUGGAAAUUUGUGUUACUCGCUAGAUUCUCUCCUCUGCCUUCGUACAUCAUCAACUACGCUCUAUCUGCCACAGAUGUUGGAUUUUUUGGAGAUUUUCUCCUUCCUACAAUUGUUGGCUGUUUACCAAUGAUCCUACAGAAUGUUUCCAUUGUAAGCCUUGCUGAUGCAGCGGUGGCCUCCACUACAGGAUCUAAGAAAUCUCAUGUCUAUUCUUAUUUGUUCCCAAUACUUGGAAUUGUGUCCAGCAUUCUCAUUUCUUUGAGGAUUAAGCAAUACUCUUCUGCCCUUGCAAUUCCGGAAGAGCUUACAAACCCACCCACUAAUGGAAUCAAUGAGGAUUCCAAGCUGACUCUGGCACAAUCUGAAGAUACCUCUUCUGAGAAAACCACGAAAAGAAGAUGAUUGUUCAAAGCAGUAGUCAAAUUUGAGCCUUUGUUUUUUUCCUGAGAAUUAUUGUAAGGUAAGACUUGAUGGAAGCUACUGUAGAUGUUAAACCGGAGUUAGAGGUUGUGGUGGUUCGCGGUUGUCUUGUUGAAGUGUAUCCACUUGUACUGAAUCUGACACCAUAUUGUAAAAUUUAGACAUGCUCUCUAGAUCAA